GAGGGCCGGGUUGAGGCCGUGCCGGGCGGGCGACACCUGGGCGGCUGCGCUGCCUCCUCCUCCCUCUCACGUAGGUUUCGACUUUCUUCCCCGCCCGGAAACUUGGUGGAGGAACCCGCGUUAUUGCCGCCGUCGCAGGCCGAGUUGGCGCUGGGCUUCCCUCGCCUCCUCCCUCCCCUUCCUGGGGGCCAGCGAGCCCCCCUUCCCGGCGCUACAGAGGUCCUCUGUGAGACAGCGACUACGUGACAAGUUUCCUUGCUGCUGGGCCGAGAGUGCCUGAUGCUGGCUACCAUGGCUGAUCCCACAGCAGAAGAACAUGCAUCCCAAGUUAGUGAACUCUGCUGCGAAUGUGGCCAGUUCCACCUCUUGCUGGACAAUCAUCUCUACAACUUCCAGGAUGAAGUGGACGAUGAACUCAUCUGCCAUAUCUGCCUUCAGCCUCUGCUCCAACCCAUGGACACCCCCUGUGGACAUACGUACUGUUUCAAGUGCCUUGAAAACUUUAUGCAGGAGUAUAACUUUUGUCCUAUGGAUCGGAAAAAGCUCUCUUUCCAGCAGUGCCACAAGUCCAGCCUUCUAGUACGAAACCUCUUGGAUAAGCUGAUUGUCUUCUGUCCUUUCAAGGCAGAGUGUCAGCAGACAAUGCAGCGGUGUGAACUAGAAGCUCAUCUGCAGAACAGGUGUCCUGGUUUCAAGAAAUACAAAUCUGAACUACAGCGGAAAAAGAAUCCCAUUUCCAAAGGGAAGGAGGAUCCCCCUACCAAGGUGGAGACAAACACGCCCAAGGAUCCAGAGGUACCAAGUGGAGGAUCAUCACUUGUGGCAGAAAGCUCUGCAGCUGCCGUGGUAUCACUAGGGACUGCAGAGCCUGGACUGGUUAAUCCAGCUUUUGAGGAGACUGAAGAAGAUCUUCCUCAGAGAACUAGUCUUGUGGCUGAAACGACCACAAUUGAAAUUCAUCGAGAAGACCCAGAGGAAGAGCUGGGGAUGAGGAUAGUUGGGGGUAAAGACACCCCACUAGGAAACAUUGUUGUUCAGGAAGUCUUGCGGGAUUCUGUCAUUGCUGCAGAUGGAAGGAUAGCACCUGGCGACCAUAUUCUUGAGGUGAAUGGCGUCAACAUCAGCAGUGUGACUCACUGCCAAGCUGUCUCCUUCCUGCGCCACCCAGGUCCUGUUCUCCACCUCAUGGUCUUGCAGGAGAAGGGUUUUUCCAAUAAGACUGCACAGCAGGAUUCCACUUCUGCUACGAAUCGGGAAGUGAUCCACGUUACCUUGAUAAAGAGAGACCGAUCUGAACCCUUGGGAAUCAAACUGAUCAGGAAGACAGAUGAGGCAGGGAUUUUUAUUCUAGAUCUGUUAGAGGGAGGUUUGGCAGCCAAAAAUGGAAAACUGAGUCGGAAUGACAGAGUCCUGUCAAUAAACGGCCAGGAUUUGAGGCAAGGAACACCUGAGGCUGCUGCGCAGAUAAUCCAGACUACUGAAUCAAGAGUGAACUUUGUCGUUUUGAGGCAGCCAGGCGUACAGCUGUCGGACCUGGUAGAAGAUGGCAGCACAUCGAAUAACAGCAGCAGCAGCAGCAGUAGCAAUGGAGGAAGCCCUGUGCACCAUCGGAGACGACUGGACCAGAAUCACUAUAGACGAAAAUCUACCUACCAGAAGGAUUUACCUCAGGGAUACGUAAAUCACGAAAAGACAGUUGCAAUAAAAAAGGAACCAAAGGAAUCUUUAGGAAUAACAAUCGGAGGCGGAAGGGACAACAAAAACAAGCUCCCUAUAUACGUAACGAGUGUGCAGCCCAUCGGAUGCCUCUUCAGGGAUGGCAGAAUCAAGCGAGGAGAUGUACUUCUGAGCAUAAAUGGCAUUGAUUUGACUCAUCUGAACUACUAUGAAGCUGUCUCGGCAUUGAAAUCUAAUGCAGCUUCCCACUCAGUCGUACUGAAAGCCUUGGAAAUCCUUUCAUUGAACUCGACAGAGCCAUCUCUGGACAUCAAGGAGCAAGGAUUCAGCUGGUCUCCCCUCUGGAUCACAUGGCUUGGAUUGCCUAGCUACCUUCACUUCUGUCAAGAUAUUGUCCUUAGUAAAGGUAACCUGGAAAGCUGGGGCUUCAGCAUUGUUGGAGGCUUUGAGGAAAGCAAAGGAAACCAGCCAUUCUUCAUCAAAACCAUAGUGCCCGGGACUCCCGCCUUCCGAGACAGGAAACUGAAGUGUGGAGAUGAAAUAGUGGCAGUAAAUGGAGUGCCAGCGAUAGGAAUGAGCAACUCUGAACUAAUCCCGAUGCUGAAGGAACAAAAGAACAAAGUCACACUUACUGUGGUGUCCUGGCCAGGAAGCCUCGUGUGAAAGCUCCACCGAAACACUCAACAGCUUUAGGUAUCAGACAUCAGUUGGCCAUCAUACAAAGCUAAACAUGUGACAAAUAAACCAAGGGAAUGCUGAACUCUUGCUACACACUGUAUUGCCGUGGAAGACUUUUAGCUUUCAUCUUGGAGAAAACAUCUCUUUACUUGUGCUAUCAACAAAUCGGGUUGUUGGAUUCCAAGUAAUGGUUAAUCCAAACAAUUGUUGUAGCUUCCUGGGCUCAUUAAAGCUCCUUAGAAUCGGUGUUACAGAGAAAGCUCUUUUUCCAGCGUUUCUCUACAAAUCACCUUUUGAGGUGCUUGCCUCAAUUUUAAACCUCUGUCUUCCAAUUAAUAUUUUGAACAGGUUAAAACAGGCACGACAGUCUGGUUUCCCCUGCUGGUUUAAUACAGUCCUGCUACUGAUCUCUGACCAUCGUUCUUGGACAUUGAGUCAUUUUAUACACGCUUUUUAAAGCCACUAAUAAAAGCAUGAGGAUGUGGACCUAAUUAAGCAGUUCCUGUAGCCCCCGGUCUUGAUACUUUUAGGUUACUGAAACCUAAAGAAUGUUAAAAAACCAAUUGUAACUGUCAGCCGCCAGCUGAAGAGCUGCUGGGUUAGCGUGCUGGAGCCGUGCUGGCUUGUAUGAAGGCCCUAUCACCAGGGAGCUGUUGCGAAUCCUGAUUUAGGAUCCUACGGAAUGUACCUAUUUGUCACAAAUCCUGAUUUAGGAUCCUGCCGCCUAUGCUGAGUUGUUGCGAAUGGGCAAUUUAGAUGGCUUAAAGAACCCCUGUCAAAGGUAUCAGCGAAAGUGAUUUCAUGGAAAAUAUGAUGUAAAAGUGCAUCUUUAACAGAGUUUGAGGGCAAGGUUCGCUCUUACUUACUAGGCAAACGAUAGAACAAUGAUUCAAAGUUCUCAAGACACAAAUGGAAGUUACCAUAAUACGAAGUUAUGCACAAUAUGGGUCACUUACCAAAGACCUGCCAUUAGCAAAAGGUGUCUCUGCCUCAAGGAGCAACCUUGAGGUGCGUCCCAGUUCAAGGGGAGACCACUCCACGCAGCCAUGGAGAAGGUACGCACGAGACUCCUUGUACACACAACUGUCUUUGUUCCGUGAUAAAUGAGUUGUGGAAAAGCUGCCGGCUGCUCACGUGCUAACGGCGUGAUGGGUGUGCCAGGCUCACACGCAGGGAUGCUCGCUGUGGCACUGCUCCCUUGUGGGUUUUCACAGAACAGAUGGGAACCAGAGGAGUUCUUGGGCCCAGUUAGGGCGUAGGCCUUUACCCUCUCUGGAGCCUGACUCAAACUACCACUGGUUUGGUUAAGGAGUCGAGCGCAUCCAUUGCAGUAGCCAGAGAUAAGGAAUUUAUUUCAUUUUCAUCUCCUUCCUCAGCUUGGUUUCCCUGGUUUUAUGACGUGGUAAAAUGACCAGCUUGUCCUGCAGAAGGCAGAUGAUUAAGUAACAGGCUUGUGACAAGAAACCUCUGUCCCAGGAUGCUCAUUUUUAUCAGUUUCCCACUGAUCCGAUGCGGAGUUAAGGCAAGGAGGGGAGGAGGUACCUGACAGAGCACCUGUCCUGGGAGGCACGUGAGACGAGCUCCUGCAGUUCUGUCCAUGUCCCUCUGGCAGCUGGAGCAAACUGUCAGCUCCCCGGAUCAGGGCAAGCUCAGGGGCCCCAGUUUGGCUUCGGUUCAAAUCCAGUGUGUGGUUACAAUUUGGAAUAAAAGAACCGAAGCCAAGGCAGGGUGGUUUGAUCUGUGACACCUCGCCACGUUCCCACCUGGAGACUCCAUGUGAAGACUCCUUUUUUAGAAUGCUGUUAAUCAGCAGUGGAAAGGACAGAUCUUCCUCACCCUGGGUUACAUGGAGAGACAUUGUCUCUUACGCCGUUUCUCCUGUACCUUUUAUGGGGCCAGUUCUGCUUACGAGAAUCAAAGGAGUUUCUCUCCUCUGUCAAAACGCUACCUAGAACGAAUGGUUAAUUCCUUGUAGUAAACUGGCUGCAGGUAAGUGCCCAGCAUUGUCUUAAGCAGUGCUUUUCUUAGGGCUGGCUACUUCCUAAUUAGCGCUGACUGCCGUGUAGGAUCGUUCCUUGCUCGAUGACUUAGUUGUGGACAUACAGAGUGACGUCGCGUCCUUCGGCUGUUAGCUGACAGCAGGCUGUAGCAGGGCCUGUUACCACAGCCCACGGUACAGAAACAGCUUAGGAUUCCGUCCUCCCAACAGGUUCCCUGGCACACGCUGUGGCCGCUUUGGUUGAUAAACACCGCUGGGGACUCGACAGAACACCAGAAACUGGGUGGCCAGCUGGGCUCUGGGGCCUUUUUUCCCCCCGUUGUUUCCUACUGAACGCUGACAGCAAAAGGCGUGAAAGGGCAGAAAGGUGCCUGUGGAAAACCCGUCACUCGCCCUCCGUCUGACGCAGAGGAACAGAAAAACCCAAAGCAGUUUUUGUCUCUUUCCAAUCAAUGUGCAGAAUCCGUGCCUGGUAUGGGACGGUAACUACUCGUGUAGAUAGAGAGAGGGCGAUUCCUGCCCAGGAGCCCCAAACGGCGCCUGUCUGGAGUCCAGCAGGAAAAAGCCACGCGCUGGGGUCAGAGGGUGCAAGUGAAGAGGCGGCUGCAGACGGCAGCGUGAUUCCUACUCCUGCUCCGGCUGGUUUCAAGGUGCCUUCAGCUUCACCAAGAUGUCCUAGUAAUUUAAAUAUUGUCUCCAAGAUCAGCUUGUUAAUAGAUGUUUGAUUUGUUUUGAUGACUUUAUAAAUUAUUGUGAUAUUACUGAAAAA